CCAAAGGAAAGAAGAAGAUGAGACCAGAAGAAUUAACGAAACUCGUCAAGACCUGGCAUGACAAGAUGCCCAUGCCACUUCCCACAACCAGCAGUCAACCGCCUCCCUCCUCCAUAGCAGGCGGCGAUCCCGCGGCAGGGCUGUCAGGAGCAGGAGUUCAAGGGUCAGGCGCGCAAGCACUUAUCAAGCCAGAGAAGUCGUCGGAGGGUCAAGCGUCGAGCGCGGAAGGAUCUGCGACUCCCAAGGACAAUGCGAAACAGGGUGGGGGCAUUUUGCCAGAUCUAAAGGCCAGGCUUCUUGCAAAACUUGCGGACGCCGCAGCUGAUGGAAAGACGGGAAGUCGGGAGGAAAAAGCCAAAGCAGGCCGCAAAACGCCGGACAAAAAACCCGGAAGUCGGGACGAGAAUGCCAAAAAGGGACGAUCGACCCCCGGCAAGAAACCUGGAAGUGGAACCCCCGACAAGAAGGGUGGAAAAGGACGCGCGACUCCGGAUCGAAGCGCAACACCCGACAAGAAGGCCGGAAAAGGAAGUGCAACACCCGACAAGAAGGGCGGAAAAGGACGAGGAGCACCCGAUCCGAGAGAGGAAAAGCCUCUCGAUCCAAAAGAGAUCGUUUAUCCUGAGCACAUCCUGCAGGUUGUCGAUGCAGAGGCAGUCCGUGACGUGCUGCUUGCAAACUACCUAACGAAGGAACCCCACACGCAGCUGCGCCAAAGUGAGGAGGCAAAAAAGUUGCUUAAUGAUGUGAGCAACGAGACCAAAUAAGUGUUCGUUGUGAAAACAGCGAAGGCUAUUUUCUGCAGUACGAUUGGUCGAUGACAUUUCGUUUUUUGCCAAAUACGAUGGACGUUCUUCUCUCGCAAAAGUGGAUGGCGAAAAAGGGCUAUUUUCUGGAGUACGAUUGGUCGGUGACGUUGUGAAAACAGCGAAGGCUAUUUUCUGGAGUACGAUUGGUCGAUGACAUGUUGUUUUUCGCCAAUUUGAAAUACGAUAGACAUUCUUCUCUCGCAAAAUUGGACGAGGAAACACGCUUGCCUCUUCUCUGGCAAUCGCGCCGACAGUGAAGACAAGCUCCAGUGAUACGUGGGAUUGUUUCAGCCCCUCUGUUGCGUUCCAUAACAUGAACCAAGGUAUUAUGUGCAGUCGCUCACGAAAACUCACAAGAACGAGAGUCGCCGGGCCUCGCUGCACUACUCUCCAAAUGUGCAAAAUGAGAAUGAAUCUUCCGCUAGAAC